UCCCCUAAUCAUCCUUACUGAGUUACUCUCCCUCAUCUUCACCAUUCUCUCUCCUCCACAUUUUAUCAUCCCCCACUCUCUCUCUACUUAAAACCCCAUCCCCUCCUCCUUUCCCCUUCCUUCUCCACUCAACCCCAUUCUACUCUUUCUCUUUCCUCCCUCAACACAACACCAUCUCAGAGGUGGUAGCUAUCUCAAAUCACCACACCAUGGCGGCCACCACCCACCUCAUCUUCCUCCUCAUUACUCUCCUCGUCACAUUCCCCACCUCCGAAUCCCGCCUCUCCGCCACCUACUACUCCAAGUCCUGCCCCAAAUUCGACGAAAUCAUGGAACAAACCACCACCACAAAACAAAUCAACCACCCCACCACAGCCGGCGCCGCCCUCCGCCUCUUCUUCCACGACUGCUUCGUCACAGGCUGCGACUCAUCCACCCUCAUUACCUCCACCCCUUUCAACACCGCCGAACGCGACGCCGAAAUCAACCUCUCCCUCCCGGGGGACGGCUUCGAUGUAGUCGUCCGUGCUAAAGCCGCACUUGAGUUAGCCUGCCCGGGAGUCGUCUCUUGCACCGACAUCCUCGCCGUGGCCACCCGCAACCUCGUGAAAUUCGUCGGCGGCCCUUACUACUCCCUCCUCCUCGGUCGCAAAGAUGGCCUCGUCUCGAAAUCUACAUUAGUAACUCCCACUACAUUACCCAAACCAAAGAUGACGCUUGACGAAAUGAUCGAGAUCUUCGCCCGACAGAAGUUCACUAUCCGGGAAAUGGUCGCCCUAAGUGGGGGUCACACAAUCGGAUUCUCCCACUGCUCCGAAUUCGCAUCCGGGAUCUACAACUACAGCUCGACCCAGCAGUAUGACCCGACUUACAACCCGAGGCUAGCUCAAGGGUUGGAGAAAGCAUGUAGCGGGUAUCAAAAAGAUCCAAGCCUAUCCGUGUUCAAUGAUAUUAUGACACCCAAUAAAUUCGACAAUGUUUACUUCCAAAACUUGCCAAAAGGUUGGGGAAUCUUGGCUUCGGAUCGGGUCUUGUAUACCGACCCGAGAACGAAACCAUUUGUUGAAUUAUAUGCCCGUGAUCAGAAUGCGUUUUUCAGUGAUUUUGCGAAAGCAAUGGAGAAAUUGAGUCUUGUUGGUGUUAAAACUGGGCGACAUGGCGAGAUUAGGCGCAGGUGUGAUGCCUUCAACAAUUAAAAUUAAAAAAAAACAAAAAAAGAGUUUAGAUGAGUUAUUAGUAUUACAGAUUUUGCAAUAAACUAUUGCAUUUUUUGAGGGUAAUUUCUUAGAUUUUUAAUUUGUUAUUUGAUUCCCUGGUUGCGUUUAAUUAUAAAUUUUGUUAAUGGGUAUUGUUUGUAAACUACUGAAUUGAAUCUCUGUGUAUUUACAUUGUCAUAAGUCAUAACACCAACGCUAGCUGCCUAGCUUAUACA